AUGGCAGAGUCACUGGCGGCACUUGGCGUCGCCGCAAAUAUUGUUCAGUUCCUAGAGCUCGGGCUCAAAGCAACUAUUUCCAUCGUCGAAAUAUACCGCAGCAUCAACGAUGACGGCUGGACGUUGCGCAACGUUGACUUGGACUCGAUGGCGAAGGAUCUCCGCCUCCGUUGUGAUCGCCUCCAAGGUGACGUUGACAUCAAGCUAGAUCCGUCCAUGAAGCGCCUGCUUCAGAGGUGCAUCGACACAGCAGAUGAGCUUAGUUCACAACUUCGGGGUCUGGCUGUAGACAACGCUAGAAAGCACCAAAAAUGGGCAAAGUUCAAAAUCUCCGUUGCGGCUUACUUCAAGAAAGGCAAGAUCAACGAGAUUCAAGCAAGACUAAUAGAGAUCAAAACACAUGUUUUUGAGCAGCUCCAGAUACUCCUUUACAAUAACCGUUUAUCGCUGUCCAAGUCCAUGCGUUCCCUAGAGGAAGCAUCAGAAGGAUGGAAUCGUGCCACGGAAAAGAGACUGAAUGCCUUGGCUCAGGAUCUCAGGAAACUGGCAGAGUCUCAAUCAGCGGCCGCGGCAUCAACUGAGGGUCUCAAAAUAUUUACCGAGACCUGGGCACGUGUUUCUGAGGAGGCCAAAAACCAAGAGACCAUCCUUACGAUUCUUACAAGCCUCCGGUUCGUGCAAAUCAAAGAACGGCAAGGCGAAAUCCCCAAAGCACAUCGUCGUACCUUUAAAUGGGUGUUUAGUGACAACUCUCCUGUCAACUUCUCGGCUUGGCUCCGCGACUCGAAUGGCUUGUUUUGA